GCUUAUGCUGUUCAAAAUGAAUUGAUCGUAGAAAACUUUAAAGUCAAAGGAGAAAAGAGAAGAUUUGUAUGCGAUUUUUCAAUUGACUUAAUUUUAUGGUCACCUGAUUCAGAUUUAAUAACUUGCUGCAUGUUAAAACAGAAUCUCAUACAAGUAUGGAGUCUAUCCGAUCCUAGCUGGAGAUGUAAGAUUAACGAAAAUGCUAUUAAUAUAGCGCACAUUUCUUGGGCUCCAGAUAACAGACAUUUAAUAGUUCUUAGUGAAUUUAAUUUUAAAAUCACAAUUUGGUCACUUGCUUUAUCAAAAUCUACUGUAAUAGCAAAUCCAAAAUGUGUCAAGAACUGUUAUGCCUUUUCAAAGUGUUCCAAGUACAUGGCUGUUGUUGAGAGAAAGGAUUUUAUGGAUUUCAUUGGCAUUUAUUCCUGUGAUAAUUUUCAGCAUUUAAAGGAAUUUUCUAUAGAUUGUGAAAAUGCUGGGGAAGUUUAUUUUUCACCAGUUGAACUUGUUAUUGCAAUUGUUGCAGCCUUUUCAGAAUAUAAAGUGUUGUUUUAUACUAUCGAUGGGAGACUCAUUAACAGUUUUACAAAAGCAGAUGCCUCACUUGGCAUCACUUCCUUUUCUUGGAGUGCCCAAAGCUUUUACAUUUUUGUAGGAGAUUACUUAGAAAGAAUUUCUAUUUUAAGUGGAAAAAAUUAUAAUGAAAUUAGCACUCUAAAUCUUCCAGAAUCAAUUCAGUCUUCUAAAACAACUGUUUAUCGAAUCAUGGAAAUGUCUUGUAAUGAAGAAAGCGUGCUUAGAGAUACUGCAGAGAAGUGGGAAUUUUAUGCAGUCGAUGGUGAAAGACCAGUAUCCAUACCCCAGUUUCAUCUAAGCAAGAAAGGGAAUCAUAAGGCUUCUAAAACUGGAAUUAAUUUACUUGUUGUCAGUCCAGAUGAGCAACAUGUAGCCAUUGUAAGUUGUUCAGCUCCCAAUGUCAUUUUCAUCUUCAAUAUGAAAUUAUUUUCACUCUCUGAUAUACUUAUUCAAAAUGAAAAAAUAAAAGGUGUGACUUGGCAUCCAAGAAAACCGAUUUUGGCUUUCUUUUCUGGAUGUAGCCAUUUGGAUUUGUGGACUCCAACUUGCUGCGUUCGAAUGAUCUCCCCUUUCGUUGAUGAAUUGCUGAUCAAAAAUAUUAAAUGGUCUACUACUGGUGAAUCAAUUAUUUUGAAUGGAAAACAAUGCUCUACACUUUUAACAUUGCCUUUAUUUUCUUGACGCAACAAUGAAUUUUGUAAAACUUUGUUGUAUUUAUAAAAGAAAAACAUGUAUGAAGUAAGUGCCAGAAAUACUUGUAAAUAUGUAUAUUGAAUUAAAAUAUUUAUUUAGCUUUUCA